GAUUUAGGUUCUUUCCGUUCUGUUUUAGUUUCUAUUAGUGUAUUGAAUGGUUAUGAUACCGUGGGUUGCGUGGAUAGGGUCGCAUGGACUUAUGCUUUGAACACAGGUGGAUCCACUUUAGUUUCUUUCUUAGUUCUGUCAUAAUAUGCCGGGAUGGACAUGCACUGGGUGUACUGAUGUGGCUAAGGUUUAGGAUACUUGUGCAAGUGCGCAAGAAACCACAUGAACAGAGCACAUAACUCUUAUCUAACUAUUCAAUUUCCCCUGUAGUCACAAGAGAUGUACACCCGAGACAAG